GAUUUCAACCACAUAUAGUCCGUUAUUCUAAGAUUGAUCGUACAGCUUUCUUCGGUUGUAAUUAUUAAAAAUUCGAUAAAGUUGCCUGUGGAGCAUUCUGAAUACAAUUAAUUAUGGAUUCCGAAAUUAUGGUGGAGGAUUCUAAUAUUUCAAAGCCUUCAGACUCUGGAAAUGUUGUGCAGAACGAGGAAGCUAAAGAGGAGGUAAAAAAUGUCAACACAAACGAUAUUAGCAACCAGAUUGAGAACAUUAUAUCUGAUAUUGAUAUAAAUAUAAAGGCACAAGAAAAAAUCGCACACCUUAAGGAGCAAGAGCUUGAACUAAUUGAGAAACAAAAGCAAUUAACUAACCAAAUUCAUCAACAGCAGUUAUUAGCACAAAAACUAAUUGCACAAAAUCAAAUUAAAGAGAAUGAACUCAAACGCUCACAAGAGAUUCAACAACAAAAAGUGCAAAACGAAAACCUCAACCAAUAUAGGGAUGAAUCAGUGUUAGAAACAUAUGCAAAUAAUUAUAAUCAAAUACAGGAUGACAUCUACAAGACAAAAGAAUCUUCAAAUCUAUCAAGGACAGUUGAUUUGCGCAAAAUAUUUACUCCAGCUACAGAUGCUCCUCAAAUAUUACCCAAGAAUCGAAAGCUAUAUGCCUCAUCAGCAUUUUAUUCUCCAACAUUGCAUCCUACUGUGGAGGACCAGGUUGAGCUUGCCCGCCGAAUCUCACAUUCAUUGAGUGAUAUAAGCAAUCAAAAGUCUAAAGGACAAUCAAUGUUUGUCACGAAAAAACGUUCAGUCAAAUGGGUUCACGAAGGUUCCUUCCAAGAUUUUCAACAAUACCCUGCAAAACCACCUUUAUCACCAAGUAUUUUACCAGCAUAUUCCGAUGCUGGUAAGCAUCGGGUUCAACUGAAUUUACAUCAGGAUCAUCUAAUUGAGAAAUACUCAAAGCCUGGCGUUACCGUUGUUAAAUCGCCUUGGGAAGCUGCUCUUCAAACUGGAUCAGCAAGCACAGCAUUUCUGCAAGAUCCAACAUAUAGUAACAAACAGACGGCCACUUCUUCAUUUGGAUCCCCAGUACAUUUUAAACAAGAUGUAAAUGAUUGCUCUGAACUGACUCAUUCAUAUUCACGACCACCAACCUUUUCUAAUAGCAUUUUAUCAAAUACUAUUGUCGAAGAAUCGAAUAAAAAGAUCAAUGAUACUCGUCUUCUCAAUCAACGCAAUUUGCCAUGCAAUCCUCAAAGAGAACUAGCUUAUAAACCAAGUGUGGCUCAAGGCUGGGGAGGUCGCAAUGUUGAGUUGCCAAAAGGUCUUUAUGUACCUAAGGAGAUUUCGCUGACUAGCUACGCACCACCUCCGGUUCAACAAGGUUCAUCAAUAGCUAAUUAUGCUAAAGGAUGUUCAACUGGAAUUGGGGAAACACUCAAAGGGUUUCCAAUAAGCAAUACAGGAUUAUAUUCACCACAGCCCCUAAACAACAACUUUAUGGGCAACAGAGUUACGUGAAGGGGCCCACCAGUUUUAAUCCCUCACCAAUACCAUACGAAAAGUUGUCAAAGUUUGAGGAGACGUCUAAUCAAAGAUCAUCAAACCAAAGCUUUAUAAACGUUGAUAAACUGAACGGAUAUAAUAACGUACGGAAUGUAACACCCGCUCCAUUCGGGACAGAGCUUGAGAAUCGCAAUUAUCCUCCACAAUCAUCGGUUUACAAAAAUAAGCGAGUGCACAAUACACUAGUAACAAGCUUCCCAAGUCAAAGCUUUAACAACUGUGCACGUGGCUGGAGCGUAAGCUCUGGCGAUCAACAAAAUUUGGUAUUCAGUCCAAAGGUCAAGUUUCCGCAAAUAGACUGCCGUAUUCUGACUUUUAAACAGUUUAGUAAUAUUAAAAACCUAUACAAUUUGUUACACGAUUUUGAUUUGCGAUACGUUAAUCUCCUAUAUUCUAUUUUUAAAAUGUACUUUUUGAACGUAAACAGGUGCAGAUACAUGAUUGUUUGUUAUUGUUUAUAUGCGUCUUUUAAAUAAUAAUAUUUAAUUAUAAAA